AGCAGUUGGACAUCAAACAGUUUCUAGCCUUCCGAAGAAGCAAAUCAAAGAAAUAUAUAGCCACCAUGUUUAAAUACGCUGUUGUCAUCCUGGCCAUCGUUGCCUGCGUUGCUGCCAAGCCCGGUCUCCUGGGUGCUCCCCUGGCCUACGCUGCCCCUGCUCCAGUCGUGACCGCCACCAGCAGCCAGGUGAUCGCCAGGAACUACAAUGGAAUCGCCGCCGCUCCAGUGAUUGCUCCCGUGGCUGCUCCAGUCCUCGCCAAGUACGCAGCUGCUCCUUUGGCUGCUCCUUUGGCCUAUUCCUCCCCCUUGGCUUACUCCUCCCCCUUGGCUUACUCCGCCCCCCAUAGCUACGCCGCUGCUCACGCACCACUGCUUAUUUAAAUCAAACUGUGAUC